AAAAUUUUGGGGAAACAACAAACUAACUACAUUUCCCAGAAACCCUUGCUGGGGUAAAAUGGACAAACCCGGUUCGGUCGUAAAACUUUCCGCGGCUGCGCAGUGGAAAGUCGCACUCGCAGCUGUGUGGUGCACUGUCACACAAUUGACCUCAGCGACGGAAAAAUAAGGUCGGGCCUUGUCCUUUAACAGGACAACAUGUUAAAGAUCUGCAGGUAGACGCUGCUUCCUUCCAUACUGCUGCCAGAGUAUGGAUUUAUUCCUUUUUGUCUAGGCUCCAGCAGCAAGCGCUCUUCUCCACCUCUGCCAAAAACUCCCCAGACUCCCCUUCAAAUCCUCAGAAUGUAUCAGAUCGUUCCCGGCACUCCUGUGGAGCAGGCUUUGACCGAAGGAUCCCAUGGCUCGCCGUUUAAGAAAAAGCGUUCCAGUGAAAGUCGUCCGUUAGUCACAUCUGGUAUUCUGGGCUGUGUGCUGGUCCUAGCUGCUGUGAUCGCCUGGUGCUACUACUCUAUGUCUCUCCGCAAAGCACAGCUGCUGAAGAACGAGUCACUCGACCUGAGGAAAGACGGGUUCGUCAUACACGACCAGGGAGGGACUGUCAUCUUCACCAUGACCUUCAGGUCUGACAGUCUGGAUCUGGACUCCUGCUCGAAGGAGGGAAACGUUCUCAGCUGCACUCGCUCAUACUCCGGAAAGCUGAACUUCUUUAUCCAGACGGUGCGAUCAAAAGACACCGUGAUGUGUUACCGGGUUCGCUGGGAGGAGCUGCAAAAUAAUCACUCAAUUGAACAUGCCAUGGCGUACAAUGGUUCCCAUUGGUACGGAGGGGCAGAGACGGCCGAGCAGCACUGGCCCAUCAAGAUCCAAGGGGAACAGGACCCGCAGCCCUUCGUCACCAGUGACGUCUACUCCAACAGAAAAGCUUUUGGGGGAAUCCUUGAGCGGUACUGGCUGUCGUCGAACGCAACCGCCAUCAAGAUCAACGAUUCAGUACCGUUUCAUUUGGGUUGGUCAGAGAAGGACAGAACACUCAGGUUUGAGGCGCGGUACCAGAACUCCCCCUUCAGACCAGCAGCAGGACAGAGGGUCUUUCCUGAGCUCAGCUACAGAGUUUGUGUGGGGGCCAACGUUGCCUCCAUCCACAAAUACAUGGUUCGGCGGUACUUCCCUAAGCCCAUCAAAGUCCCUUCUUCUGAGGUUUUUGCAAAGCCAGUGUGGUCCACAUGGGCUCUCUACAAGACGGCUGUGAGUCAGGAGAAGCUGCUUCGCUAUGCUAGUGACAUCACCACGCACGGCUUCAACUGCUCCCAUCUGGAGCUGGACGACCGCUACACCUCAGACUACGGGGAGUUUGACUUUGACCCGCAGAAGUUCCCAAAUGCCAGCGACAUGUUCGAGAAACUCAGAAAGAAGAAGUUUAAAGUGACGCUGUGGACGCAUCCGUUCAUCAACUACGACUCCAUCAAUUUUGGCGUGGCGGUGGAGAAAGGCCUGUUUGUUCGGGAGCCCAGUGGCGAGCUGCCCGCUCUGGUUCGCUGGUGGAACGGAGUGGGAGGCAUCUUGGACUUCACCAACCCAGAAGCCAGAGAGUGGUUUUCCUCACACCUGAGCACGCUGAAAGAUCGCUACCAAGUGGCUUCCUUUAAGUUUGAUGCCGGAGAGACGAGCUACCUCCCGCCACAUUUUAGCACCCUGAUGCCGCUGUCCGACCCCUCCUCCUUCACCCGGCACUAUGCCGAGAUGGCGCUGCCGUUCAGCGACCGGGCUGAGCUGCGGGUGGGGUACCAGACUCAAAACGUCUCUUGCUUCUACAGGAUCAUUGACAGGGACUCAGUGUGGGGUUAUGAGCUCGGGCUCAAGUCCAUCAUCCCCACCGUUCUUACCAUCAGUAUUCUGGGCUACCAGUUUGUCUUACCUGAUAUGAUAGGUGGGAAUGCAUAUCCCAACCGCACUGCAGAGGGAAAAGAUGCUCUCCCAGACAAAGAGCUUUACAUCAGGUGGUUGGAGCUGUCGGCUUUUUUACCCGUCAUGCAGUUCUCUAUUCCUCCGUGGGCCUACGACAAAGAGGUGGUGGAAAUCGCCCGGAAGUUCACGGAACUUCAUGAAACUCUGGUGACCCCGAGGGUCAUAGAACUCGCAGAUGAAGUCCUUAAAACCGGAGACCCAAUCGUACGGCCGCUGUGGUGGAUCGCUAACGAUGACGAGGCGGCCUAUAAGAUCGACUCUCAGUUCCUGAUCGGCGAUGACCUGAUGGUGGCUCCUGUGUUGGAACCAGGAAAACAAGAGAGGGACAUCUAUCUCCCUGCAGGACAAUGGAGAAGCUACAAGGGGGAACAUUUUGACAAAACUCCUCUGUACCUCACCGAUUACUCCGUGGACCUGGAUGAAAUCGCUUACUUCACAUGGGUCCCUUCUGUCGAGACCUAAUUGCUUUUACAUCCGUACAAUAAUCCUCAUCCUCGUGUGCCUUUCAGAGCCAAAAGGAAAACCGAUCCCUGAUUGUAUCACCACGGCUAUCUUCCUUCUAAGGAGGCACCUUAAUUCUGUAGUUUUAGGUGUUCUGUGAGCAGGAAGUAAUUAUUCUGCCAGUGUCGGUGGAUUACAUGUCUGUGCCAUAACGUUAAUCCUAUAAUCUGAUGGGGUUAGGGACUCUCCAGUAAUAAAUAUGCACAGAUUCUGCCCCGAACAUCAGCAUCAUUCUGUCUGCUGCUUCUCCAUUUUCUGCACUGAGCUGACAAACCCAUGGAAGGAAUGUAACAGUCGGCUGCACUUUACUAAUGCUAGAAUUUUCGUGUAAUCAAAACAAUAAUGCACGGAUGUUUGGACAUCACCUGCUGUGCCAUCUUACUGUCAGUGCCAAAGUAAACUGUCUGUCAUCUGCUGAAGAUAAAAUGCAUUGCUCAGGGCAGAAACAGAAAUAUUUAAAUUAUUUUUGAUGCACAAGUAAAUAUGUAUAUAACCGCUAUAGUUUAAUUCUGUGACACCAUGAACCAGUGUUCCCUCCACUGCUGAGUUGUAUUGAAUGAACACAGAAGUGUGCAUUUAAUGAGUUUAAACUUCCCUUCCUGUUAUGAUUUACAGAACGCAUGAGUUUGAAUGUUCCUGCACUGUGACUGCUGACAUGAGAAUAAAGCAGAAUGAAGCACAA